AUGGUUUCUGGUAAUCGGCCUUACCGUGGAGGCGCGGUACGUGGCUACGGCGAGCGACAGCGGAUACGGCGGGCUCGACCGAUCCGUGCUCGACGGACAGCGGCGGCGGACGACUGCGGCUGCGCGGGCGGCGGCGGCUGUGGCAACGACGACCGUGGUGGACUGCCAUGCGACGCGUCCGUGCUCCCCGACUGCCUCGACCGGUCUGUGCUCGGCGGACGGCGGCGGCAGGCUGCGGCGGUCGAUUGCUGCUGCGCGGGCUGCUGGGGUGUGGUGGAGGAGAAGGCCUGUCCACCGCGCGAGCCCGCUGGGAGAGGUGCUCGCCCGCGCCGGCCGCAAGCUCACUCUGGUGACACCGCGCCGGCCGGUGACCGUUGUCUCCCCCGGCUAAGCUACCAUCGUCGGAAAGGAGACAUGCAUGAAGUUGAUGAAUCACUGCGAGAAAUAUGCCAUCUUUAUGAUGCCGCGCAAGUAGAUUAUGAUGAAGAGAAGCAUCCAAUAGAACCAAGGAUUACCUCUUUUGAAGAGGGUGCAAUUUUCUUCCACUUAUACGGGAACACUUGCCAUCGGCUGCUGAAGAAAUUGAAUCAGAUAUUAUUUGUAUUGUGAGCAUUUGUUUGAACUGGGUGGUACAUGCCAUUUUGAUUUGGU